UUUUGGAUAGUAUGAAUUUUCUUUCCUUGUUUCAGGCUGGUUUGUUCAUUGAUAAGGGUGUUAAAACAACUAAUGCUAGCAUUGAUGAUCCCAGAGAAUACCUUUGUUUGGACAACAAUGCAAGGUUUCGACCUCAUCAAGAUGCAGACCCCGAAAAGCCCCGAGUUGCUGCCCUGAUUGACAGAUUAAUCUCUUUCAAAAACAAUGAUCAUGGGGCCUGGGUCAGGGGAGGGGAUAUCCUCAUUCAAAACUCUGGGUUUGCAGACAAUGGAAUAGGUUUGACAUUUGCUAGUGAUGGGAGCUUCCCAAAUGAUGAAGGUGCCAGCCAGGAGGUAUCAGAGUCGCUGUUCAUAGGUGAGAGCAAGAAUUACGGGUUUCCAGGUGGCCAAAAUAAAUAUGCGGGAACUGGAGGAAUAGACAACAAGGCACGUACUCUGCCUAGAAAUCGGACAUUUCCAAUCAGAGGCUUUCAAAUUUAUGAUGGACCUGUUCAUCUUACCAAGUGCACGUUCAAAAACUUUGUGCCAACUCCAGACAGAUUUACCAGUGCAGUUGGAUUCUUGAUGAAAAAUCCAUGGCAGAUGACACCAAAAAACAACAUUUCUCUUGUGAAGUUUGGUCCAAAUGUUUCUUUGAAAGCCUUCUUUGGAAAACCUGGUCCUUGGUUUGAAGAAGGAGAUCUGGAUGGUGACAAGAACUCAAUAUUCCAUGAUCUAGAUGGCUCAGUGACUGACUACAAGGAUACCUAUGUGGGCAGAAUGGAUAACUACUUGAUUCAACACCCCAAAUGCAUUAAUAUUACAGAAUGGAGUGGCGUGGUUUGCAGUGGGACCUAUGCACAGGUUUAUGUCCAAACGUGGAAUGGACAGAAUCUUUCCAUGACUAUUGUACGAGAUGAGUAUCCAGCCAAUCCCAUGGUUCUUCGAGGUAUUAAUCAGAGAGCUGUCUUUCAACAAUAUCAGCCAGUAGUGAUGCUCCAAAAGGGCUACACAAUACAUUGGAAUGGAAAAGCUCCAAACGUCACCUAUCUUUAUCUAAUUAACUUCAACAAGAAUGACUGGAUUCGUGUUGGUCUUUGUUAUCAACCAAAUACAGAUUUUGUUAUAGUAUUGGAAACCUUUCAAAGGCGGUCAUCUGCUCUGUCAAGCAAGGUAGAGCGCUACAUGCCUGUAUCUUCAAUGAUGGAGCUCGAAAAGAAUCGAUCAGACAAGAAAUUUUACUUUGACAACAGUACUGGAUUACUGUUUUUAUUUCUUCAAGCCAAAUAUAAUAGGGAUGGUCACAGUUAUUGCUCAUCUCAGGGAUGUGAAAGGAUCAAGAUUGUGACCAAAGAUUCAGCAAAAGGGAUCAGUAACUGCAUGGCAAAAGCUUACCCAAAGUACUACCAAGGACCUACCGUCAUAAAGCGGAUGCCAGUAAAAACUACUGUACCAUGUACAAAAUGCGGCACAACUCAGAUGGUAUUCACCAGCGAUCCUCACAAAAACUACCUCCUUGUGCAGAUUAAUUCAUCUGGUAAAAAAGAGUUAAGCAGAGGUCAGCAAGCAUUUAUUUCUGUCAACGACACUAUGUUUUCCUUCAAGGAUGAUGGUAUACUUAUUGUUGUAGUUGAUGCCUGCAUUGGCACUGUGUUGGGAAACAAAUUAUUUUCUGGAGUAGACAUUAAGCGUGUAGAUGGAUAUUUAAAAUCUGGAAUUCCACAAAGGUCUAUUGUUCUACUUGGCACAAGAGGUGAUGUAGCAAUCCCUAAUAAUUUAUCAGAAGCCUUAGUGUCCCUGGGGACGGCCAAACCACCUUAUCUUCAGAGCAACGGAAGCCUGGCCUUUCUGGGCUUCAGAGGAAACUUUAAGCCAUCCUGGAUUAAGCUGUUUACUGGUCCUGCUGGGCAUGGGCUUGUUCAGACAGAAAAGUAUAUCCCUUUACAACUGGAAGAGUAUGGCUGCGCCAGAGCAAUCAAAAGCCGACGGAAAGACCUCGAGCUUCUGAAGAAGGCUACACGAUCUCAUUAA